ACCAGACAUCUUGGCGCUCCGCACACACAAUUUCUCAGCUCUUUUUCCAAUAUUCCGCCAUUUUUCCUCAUCCACGACCGACUCGACAAUUUCGCCCAACGCCGACAAAUUCCUCAGCAAUGGCUCCCAAGGACGCGAAGAAAGGCGGCGCCUCCAAGGCCGGUAAGGGCGCUCAGGCCAAGAAGGCCGCCCAGGCUGCCCUCAAGGGUGUGCACUCGCACAAGAAGACCAAGGUCCGUCUGUCGACGACCUUCCACCUCCCCAAGACCCUCGUCCUCUCGCGCGCCCCCAAGUACCCGCGCAAGUCGGUCCCGCAUGAGCCCCGCCUCGAUGAGCACAAGGUCAUCGUCCACCCGCUCAACACCGAGGGUGCCCUGAAGAAGAUCGAGGAGCAGAACACCCUCGUCUUCAUCGUCGAUGUCAAGGCCAACAAGGCCCAGAUCAAGCAGGCUCUCAAGAAGCUCUACGACAUCGACACCGUCAAGAUCAACACCCUGAUCCGCCCUGACGGCUCCAAGAAGGCCUUUGCCCGCCUCACCGCCGAUGUCGAUGCUCUCGACAUUGCUGCCACCAAGCUCGGCCUCGUCUAAACGGAUUGUUUUUGGCUGGGAGCUGGGGAAUCAAAAAAAGGUCGGCACAUCGAAGGGACAUGGAUUGCAUUUCGAUCGGCGUCAGAUACCUGGGCUUGGGCACUUGACUUGGCAAUGAAAAAAAUUGACAUGACCUUUGUGCCGUACUGUUGCUGGGGCUGUAUUGGCCAUCUGGUGGUUUGAGCGUGCUCGUGAUUGUGAAGUUCCGCUUGAGCUUUGGCUGAGUGGAUAGUGACGCUUUGUGAUACGAGUAAUCUGUGCCUGGCAAUUAGUGAAUCGUUCCCA